UAUUCAGCAAUGAGGUAUGUAGCACUUUUUCUAGAAUGAUUUCAUGAACUUAAUUGUCAGGCCUCAUAGAUGGGAAAAAGAUGAUUUGACAGAAGUAGAAAAUUAACCACAAAAAUAAAUAGAAUAAGACGUAGUGUUACAUUCUCUGGAUAUUUUUUCCUGCCAAGGCUCUAAGUCCAAGCCUGCUCCUGCUCAGCUCUUUUCGUUAAAGAGGAAGAUGACUGAAGUAAUGAGACUUGUAGCACCAAAUGCAGACUUUCCCUGUAGGAGCUGAAUGGAAGGAGAAAGGGAUUGCUGGUGUCACUGAAAGACGACAGUGUUAUUGCGGAUGGCAAGUGGAAAUGUCUUGCCCACCACACUGGCAACCAUAGGUUCUGCGGUCAGCAGAUCCUGGUCUCUCCUGUCUGCUUGGGGGACUCCUUAGCUAUUACCCCACCCUGAGAGUCAUUUUCUUCCUGUGUAAAGAGGAACCUCUGUGUUAAACUGGUAUUGUUUGUACUCGCCACUCCCUUAACACACCUCCACUGCCAGACACCUAGCAAGCAACUGAGUAAAUUCAGCAGAUACUUGCUGAAUAAACUUAUGUGCUAAAUACUGUUCUUGGCAUAGGAUAUACAGUGGUGAAAAAAAUAGACAAGCUAAUUUCAAGUACUGUCUUCUGCUAUUAGCAAAAUAUGUCAUGGAGUGAUGGGGAGGCAGGGCUGGGGAACAGGAACUGGGUGACCCAGGAAAGCCCCUCGGAGGAGGCGACAUUUGAGUAGAGCUGUUUGAUGCAACUGUGGUACUUGGCUCUGGCUGUUGGUUAUGGAGAGAUGGUUUAGGCCCAGUCUUUGCCCCUGAUGAAUUCUUCCCCACCCCAAGCCUGUGUGUGUUCAUUCUCUUCUCCCCUCUCCAAAAAAGUUGGGGCUUAACGUCCCAGAGGUAAGAAUGCCCGGGGAAAGGUGGAUGCUCAGGAGGAGGAUCUCAGUAAGUGAGUCUCUGAAGCAGUUUUAGAGGUGAAACUUGAUUUCACAUCCUCCACUUCCUUAUUCUGACCUUGGGCAACUGAACUCCAAGCUCAGAGUGGGCCUGGAGCAAAAUCUAGCCCCUCCACUUCCCGGCCUGGUAACCGUAGACCAGUUCCGUAAGGCUUUGUGCUUCCCAUUUCCAUGUAAAAUGGGGUUAUUAUAGCUUCUCUUGAGAUGAUGCAGAGUAUCCAUUUGAGUUAAUAAGAAUACGUAAAUAAUAAAAAUAGUGAAUGCCCUAAAAUAUUAGCUUUUAUUCCUAUUUUACAGAUGAGAAAGGUUAGGCAUGAAGAGGAGAAAUAACUUAGCCCAGGUCACUCAAAAAGUGGUGAGGAUAGUCAUGACAGGGCGUUGCAUAGCCUAAGGCCCCACAUAAUAUUCACUCAGUACUUGAGAGCUGGGGCUAUUCCUGGCAAUCAAAGGGCUGUCUGUUCUGCCCCUCAGCACAGGAAAUUCCAAGGUGGUUUUCCAUGCUGGCUCCUCUGGUUCUGUCCCUGGAGGGCAUAGCGGAGGGGCCCAGGUACCCAAGCCGACUUAAGAUGGAAUUGAAUAUCUCAAUCUGCCUGUCUGGGCCUCUGUUGAGGGGGUAGCUGUCACUUGAAGUGGCCUGGGCUGCUUUGGGUCUAGCUGGGCAUUUCCUUGGGCGGGCAGCCCCUCACCCUAUCUUUGAAAUGGUUCUGGCUAGGUAGCAGCCUCUAGGUGGUGUGGGUGAAAUUCGGGACUUUUAGGGCGGGGACAAAACUGAGAACAUAGGUUUCCUUGUACUGCUGGAGAGAGGGAGGGCAGAGGAAAUUGGAGAUCCCAUUCCCCCCUUGGUCACUCCUCAUAGUCCAUAAUGGCUUGGUCCCGGGUGUUGCUUGGUGUCAUCAUCUUGCUGUCUACCUUACCAGGACCUAGUGUCGGGGGCCGCUCCAUGCCCAAGUUGGCUGACCGGAAGCUGUGUGCUGAUGAGGAAUGCAGCCACCCCAUCUCCAUGGCUGUGGCCCUUCAAGACUACGUGGCCCCUGACUGCCGAUUCCUGACCAUACACAGGGGCCAAGUCGUGUAUGUCUUUUCCAAGCUGAAGGGCCGAGGGCGGCUCUUCUGGGGAGGCAGUGUUCAGGGAGAUUACUAUGGAGACCUGGCUGCUCGCCUGGGCUAUUUCCCCAGUAGCAUCGUACGCGAGGACCAGACUCUGAAACCUGGCAAAAUCGAUGUGAAGACCGAUAAAUGGGAUUUCUACUGCCAGUGAUCUCAGCCUAUUGCUGUCCCUGCUGUUUUUUUUCUUCCCGGCUUUAUGCAAAUACAUCAGCCAAGUGCAAA